ACUCAUUGUGCUACCUGCUAGCUUGCUAAUGCUAAUUAACGGCAGUUGAUGUAGCGUUCAGCUAAUAACUUAGCUUAAGCUAACGCUUUGCAGCCUCAGCUUUAGCUGUGUACAUAGGGACGUACUUAGUUGAAUUAUUAUAUUUGGAUGUUUAGUUUUUACUUAUCAAGUAUUAUUCUCACUAAUAAUUUUACUUUUUGUUCUCAUGGUUAUAGGACUUAGCUACAACUUAUGCUGAUGAAUAGAGCUCCCAGUUAAACAAAACAACAUUAUUUAAUGUGGGCUUAUUAACCAAACUAAUUAAUACGAGAGAAAAUGAAACCUUAAAUGUUAUGACAACUAGUGGAUGUGCUUGAGAUUGGAUAUUUAACCAGAAUCUAGCCUCAAAACGUCUGUUUGUUUCAGCUCUCAGUUUUAGGUUAAGAGGACUGUCAGCCUAGUUUUAAUGCAUUCGUGUCUUUAGAGUCAAAGUAUUGCCUCAGUGAUGUCUGAUAUGGGACCAAUGACCCUGAGAAAAAAAAUUGACAAAGGAAAAUUCUAGCAAUGCAUAAAAUAGAGAAAUGCAUUCAACGUCCAAAAACCUUUACCACAAACCUGGUGACUCAGAGUAACCAGACUUCACAUAACAGGACCUUGAGUUCUUGAAACCUCCUAAAAUUUAUUGUUCGAUCACAGUCAUGUCUCUCUGCGACGACACGCUCCUAUGUAACUUCCCAAAGUGUCGGAUCAAGCUGAAUGGGUUUGCCUGGGUCACAGCUUGCUCGCAUGUUUUCUGCGAUCAGCACGGGUCUGGUGAGUUCAGCCGCUCCCCCGCCAUCUGCCCGGCCUGCUCCUCUGCGCUGUCUGGGAAGCUGGACAUCGUGAGGACUGAGCUAUCGCCCUCUGAGCAGUACAAAGCCAUGGUGCUAGCAGGUCUGCGACCAGACAUAGUUCUGGACAUCAGUGGCCGUGCUCUGGCCUUCUGGAGCUAUCAGGUCCAUCAGGAACGUAUGUAUCAAGAGUACAGUCUGUCACGGGCCGAGACGCAGCUGAAGCAGAUGGAGAAGGUGUUGACCCAGCAGAACCAGUGCAGAGAACUUGAGCUCACCGCCAUGAGGGGCGAAAUCACCUCCUUGAAGAAAGUGAUGGAGGAUUAUAAAAGAAAGUACAGUGAGGUGUCUGAGAAGCUGAUGGAGAGAAACAGGCAAUACCAGAAGCUACAGGGGCUGUACGACUCUCUGAGGCUGCGCAAUAUGGUGGUUGGUGUGGGGGAAAAAGAGACGCUGACCCAACCAGGGUCACAUCACAGCUUCCGCACUGGGGUGUCUCAACAGGCGACUCCCCCGAGAAGCUCUCAGUUCCUCUCCGUGGGCCCCGAUGUGGACAGCAGAUUCUUCUCCUGCAUGGAGGCUGACGGAGCCACAACCUUCUUCCACUUCAGCUCCCCUGCCAGGGAGAGAGGCCGGCCCUUCAUCGCGAAGCACUGAGACCGGAACAGGUUUCACUGUCACUGCAAAACACUAAUCUAAUCCCAUUUACUUAUAGAUGUUAAAGCGUUCUGUUGUCGUAGUAUUGAUUUAGUUGCCAGUGUUUGCCAUGAUUGCAUUACUGCAAUAUUGGCAUUUUGAACUAUAAAUGUGUUUUCACCAAAAAUAACAAAUACUAGACUGAAACUAGUAAUGAAGUCCAGUGUUCAGCUUUUAGUUCUUGUCUCUAUUUAAGCAUUAAUUUGCAUAAAGAGGUGUGUAGACAGUGUAAAUACAGCAUAAAAUCCAGAGUACUGCC